AGCAAAACCUCUGUUUCAAAGCGGGAAUUCGACCUCCUGAAGAAAAAGCAGUUUUGUAGCUACACUGAGAGUGCGGGAUUGUAUGCUCUGCUGGAAGGAUUGCUGUAGAGCCAGCGAGACGUCCCAGUUCAACAUGACCGGACAGUGGCAGCCGUAGGCAAACAUGUGGUCUCAACUUGUUAUACUUAUUAGCCUUCUCCUCUUCUGCUUCAUUUUCGGAUCUCUCGCAGUUCCUGAAAACGAUCUGGUCGAUCCUUGGGAGAUAUUUAACAGACUUUCUUCUAAGUCCAAUGGAUCAUUUGUGUCGUGGGAGGAGGUAGAAAACGCUCGCACUCUGAUCGACAAUCCUGUUUAUAAUGAGACUGGCAGUGAUGAUGGAGAGAAAGUUACUUUCCCUGAUUUCAUGUUAAAUCCUGACAGCUGGGAGAUGGGGAGCCGUGUUGUGGAUGCUAUAAUACGUGACAACACCGCCACUAAGAGUAGUGUGGGUGCAGUUUACCCGGGGCUGAUGGAGCUGUUGAGGAUCAAGGUGAAAGUGCAGUGUUCCGGACGAGACUGUGAUCACAACAUCGACCUGGUAACCAGCUCUACCGGCCACUUUAUCACUCUGCCUCUCUUCGGCAGAACACACGUGAUCAUCACUAUCAUUCUCUCCCAGGAAUUUGAAGUUCAUCAAAUGGAAUUGAACCUCAUGACUCAAAACCAUAAAUAUCACUUCAAAGUGCGUCAGAGGUCUUCGAAAGGAAAAAGAACCAUGUUUGAAAUUUCCAACAAAUUAUCAGUUUGCGGCGUUGAUUUCGACAGUAACAUACGGGAUCUCUGCAGAGAAAAGUCAAGUUUCCAGUACGGUGGAGACGAGCCCAGUAGAUUGGAUUUCGGGGCAGACCAGGGCACCACCUCAGUCUCCCAGUGGGUCAACACUCGUGCUCUGGAGAUUGUCCUGCUACCUGUUUCCGGGGGACCUACGGUAUACGGUAUUAACAACUUGAAGCUCUUUGGUCGGUGUAUCUGUAACGGUCAUGGCAGCGAGUGCAGCCUUGUUGGUUCUGAGUAUCACUGCACGUGCCAGGGUAACACGUGCGGAUCCAGCUGCGAGAGUUGCUGUCCCAAGUAUAACGCUUACCCCUGGGAGCCGGCCAACUCAACCGACCCUAACUCCUGCACAGAGUGUUUGUGUUACGGCAAGGCGAGUUCCUGUCACUACGAGCGGAGUAUCGAGACCCAAUACCGGUCCUACAUCUCGGAGACACAACGAGGAGGAGGGGGUGUCUGUGAUGGGUGCACCGGAGACUCAGCCGGCAUCAACUGUGAGACCUGUAAACCUCGCUUCUACCGGCCUGCCAACCUCACUGCCUGGGCUCCCUUUCCCUGCAUAGCGUGCGAUUGCCAUAUGCGAGGUGUAGUCCGGAUGGAGGGCUGGCCGGACGGGGACUGUGUGAAAGAUAGCAGUUUUAGCAACAUCCAGGGCAAGCCCAUGACGGCAGGACAGUGUUUUUGUAGGGAAGGCUGGACUGGGAGAAGGUGUGAUGUUUGCUCAGAUGGGUGGUAUCUGAGUGGGGGAGAGUGUUCCCCCUGCGAGUGCUCGGUUCUGGGCUCUGUAUCUGAGACAUGUGACCAGGACUCGGGAGAGUGCGAGUGCAGGGUUGGGUACAGAGGGAGGACGUGCGGCCAGUGUACAGAAAGGAAGUUCAGCUUCCCCAAGUGUACUGAGAGUUGCAGUGAGAACCGGGCCGGAGUGCGCUGUGAAACCUGUUUGGACGGAUUCUAUUUGGACGGUGGACAGUGCAGAGCUUGCAAGUGUUCUCCCCACAGCUCGUGUGACAGGAGUACAGGAGCCUGCUCCUGUCUGGACGGUUAUGUUGGACCCUCCUGUGACUCCUGUGUCUCUGAGCUACUCCCCUACCCUGACUGCAGGAACUGCUCCUGUAAUCAUUUCGGUACUAAAGCUGGAUGUGUCAACUGCCAGUGCAAGGAUUUUGUAGAAGGAUCACAAUGUGAUGGAUGUAAAGCCGGGCACUUUGCCUUAUCUCCUGUCCACGAAACAGGAUGUCUUCCCUGCUUUUGCUCCCACGUUUCAGCUCAGUGUUCACCAGCUGUUACAGCCUCUUCCUUCGUCUCCUCUCUCUUCGACUAUACUGCAGACGGGUGGGAGCUAACAGGUGGUUCUAGAACUUCUGCCUCGCCCUCCUCCUCUGUCGGGAGCUCCACGUCAGGGAUUUUUCUCUCUACACGGGUGUUCUCUCCAACUUCUCUUCUCCAGUAUUCUUCUCGGCUCCCCCCAAGUUUCUAGGGAACAGAGCCGCGAGUUAUGGGGGUUACCUGAACUUCUCCUACAGUGCUAACUUCAUCCAGCAACACAGAGCAAAUGAUAGUCUACACGUAUGGCUCGUGGGCAAGGAAACUGCCGUGAAGCACCUCGUUCGUGGACAGAUGAAGAGCAACAAGCUUUACACAAUUAGAAUACCCCUUCUUGAGAGUAUGUGGGAGUCUAGAGAAGACCAAUUACAGAGAAGUAGCUUCAUGGAUAUCCUGGUGGAUCUUAGAGCAAUUCUUAUAAGUGCUUCCUUCGCUUCCCCGUCCAAAUUCACCAGGUUGCGAUCCCCGUCGCUGACAACGCGAACUCUUCUUACCCCUCUGAGAGCUCUAGUUAAAAGUAUCCCUCCUUCCCAAUUUGUAGAGCAGUGCGUUUGUCCUUUCGGGUAUAUCGGUUCCUCGUGCGAGAACUGUAUUGACGGAUACUUCAAGAGCGGGAAAAUAUGUCAGAAAUGCAGCUGUAAUUCACGGGCUAAUCUAUGUGAUGACUCUGGCAAUUGUUUGGGAUGCAGUGAAGGAACGACAGGGCCCCAUUGUGAGACGUGUCUACCAGGAUACUACCAGGUCUCCCCCUUCUCCUGCUCCAAGUGUCCUUGUCCUCGCCACGGGUCGUGUAUGAUAGACAAGGAGGGUGAGGUGCGGUGUAGCAAGUGUCUGCCUGGUGUUACUGGUAAUCUCUGUGACAGGUGUAUGAAAGGGUAUUAUGGAACUCCUGAGUUGGGGUGCAGGAAAUGUCGUUGUAAUGACAACCUGGAUAUGUCGCGUGAGACACCAUGUGACCAGCAAACAGGACGAUGUCUUGCGUGCGUGGAAGGUACCGGGGGAGCCUUCUGUGAGAGAUGCUCAACUGACUACUGGUCACCUAGUCCUGGUAGAGACUGUCAGCGUUGCGAGUGUCCCGUAGGACGAAGACAGCUGGUGCCGUGUAAUCCUAGAACUGGAGAUUGUUAUUGUAAACCUGGCUACACUGGUCGGAAUUGCAGCUCCUGUCAGCUCUACACUUACGGGUAUCUAAACGACGAGGACUGCAAAAACUGCAGCUGUGAUGUGAUUGGGUCACACUCCCUUCACUGUAAUGGUACGACGGGGGACUGUUUCUGUAAGAGGGGUCACACUGGCAGGAAGUGUGAUAAGUGUCAGGACGGCUACUGGAGACACGCCCGCCAGCCUUGCUCAGAUUGCGAGUGCAGCGAGAUUGGGUCCAGUUCCUCCCUCUGCUCCACUUCAGGACAGUGCCCCUGUAGACUGGUUACACCGGACGUGACUGUAGUCAGUGUGACACUGGCUACAUCCUAACCGACACUCUCCAAUGUACAGAGUGUGACAACUGUGCAAGGAAGAUGUUGGUGACCUUGGAGGAGACUUCCAUCAGGCAAACUGCGAUAAAGAGUAUAUCACAAGACAACUUCAUCAGCAAAACAACUGCUAAACUCAAACAUCUCCAGAAUAAAUCUAACAGGAUCAAG